AGAGUUUGACCAGGGCCAGAGUUGGUGCUGGGGGGCCGCCUCUAUAUAGCUUAGUAUUUCCUGGGGGGCGAUUGCUGCGUUUUUUUUUUCCUCUCUCUCUCUCCCUUCCUCCUCUUCCUCUCCCAGCUGAUUUUUUUUUUCUAUUUUAUUUUUAUUUUUUAUUUUUCUACUUCUCUGAAUAUCGCCACUCUCUCCCUCUCUCUUACACACACACUCUCUCUCUCUCUAAGAUCUGAUACCCCUUCGAGAUUUUUCCUUGCAGAUCAUGAACAAACUAUAUAUUGGGAAUUUAAGUCCUUCGGUCACUGUCGAGGACUUAAAGCAGCUCUUUAGGGAGAAGAAACUGCCAGUGCCCGAGCAGAUCUUGGUGAAAUCCGGCUAUGCUUUUGUGGACUUCCCCGACCAGAACUCGGCCAUAAAGGCUAUAGAGACUCUUUCUGGUAAAGUUGAAUUACACGGAAAGGUGAUAGAGGUAGACUACUCUGUUCCCAAAAAACUAAGGAGUCGGAAGAUCCAGAUCCGGAACAUUCCCCCUCAUCUACAGUGGGAGGUUUUGGAUGGCCUUCUAGCUCAGUAUGGUACUGUAGAUAACGUGGAACAAGUGAACACUGACACAGAAACAGCAGUGGUGAAUGUUACGUACGGAACCAAGGAGGAAGCUAAAGUAGCCUUUGAGAAGUUGACAGAACACCAGUUCGACGACUACUCCUUUAAGGUUUCAUAUAUUAUGGACAUGGAUGCUGCUCCGCCCGUCCAGGCUCCUCGUGCGCGACGCGGGGGCCGAUCAUCUCGGGACCAGGGCGACUGUCAGCCUGGGCCCUCAGGAGGCUUCGGUGGUCCACGCCUCAGGGCAAUCGAAUUCCCCUUGCGCAUACUUGUGCCUACACAGUUAGUGGGAGCCAUCAUCGGCAAGCAGGGCCAAACCAUCAAGAACGUCACUAAACAGACACAGUCAAAGGUGGAUAUUCACCGGAAAGAAAAUGCAGGUGCAGCGGAAAAACCCAUCACCAUCCACUCAUCUCCCGAGGGCUGCUCCUCUGCCUGUCGCAUGAUCUUGGAUAUCAUGCAGAAGGAGGCCAACGAGACCAACAUGACCGAACACCCCGCUUUGAAAAUUCUCGCCCACAACAGCCUGGUGGGUCGGCUGAUCGGGAAGGAGGGCCGCAACCUGAAGAAGAUCGAGGAGGAGACAGGGACCAAGAUUAACAUCUCCUCGGUACAUGAAUUAACCUUUUACAACCUUGAGAGGAUCAUCACGGUGAUUGGCACCUUGGAGGAGUGUUCUAAAGCCGAGGGGGAGAUCAUGAAGAAACUAAGGGAAGCCUACGAGAAUGACAUUGCUGCUAGACACCAACAGGCCAACCUUAUCCCAGGCUUGAACCUGAACGCUCUUGGCAUCUUCUCCUCGGGUCUGCCGGUGCUGCCCCCUGCUGCCGGACCACGUGGUGCAGUGCCCCCUGUGGCACCAACAGGAUACAACCCAUUCUUAAGUCACUCUUCACAUCUCAGUGGCCUGUACGGGGUUCCUCCAGCAAGUGCCAUCCCUCACCAGCACUCACAACAGGCUCCAGAACAGGAGGUUGUCUACCUCUUUAUUCCAACUCAGGCAGUUGGGGCUCUGAUCGGCAAGAAGGGCCAACACAUCAAACAACUCGCCCACUUCGCUGGAGCCUCCAUCAAGAUUGCACCAGCUGAGAGCCCAGAUGUUCCUGAGAGGAUGGUAAUCAUUACAGGACCCCCAGAGGCUCAAUUUAAGGCCCAAGGUCGGAUAUUUGGGAAGCUGAAAGAGGAGAACUUCUUCUCGGCGAAGGAGGAGGUCAAACUGGAGACGCACAUCAAGGUUCCCUCAACUGCAGCCGGUAGAGUCAUUGGAAAAGGAGGCAAGACGGUAAACGAGUUGCAGAACCUUACAAGUGCAGAAGUCAUCGUACCACGGGACCAAACUCCAGAUGAGAAUGACGAGGUGUUUGUAAAAAUCAGUGGGCAUUUCUUUGCCAGCCAGACUGCACAGAGGAAGAUCCGGGAGAUCGUUCAGCAGGUCAAACAGCAGGAACAGAAGCACCAGCAGGGCGCCGCAGUGUCACCGCACCACUCCAAGUGACCAGCGGGGUGGCUCCAGCAGGCACCAGCCAAUGAAUGUAGCCCUCCCAAACGGACAGAGACCCACCCAGACAAAGGCCACGGCCAAGGGGGACGCGCAGGGCAGACCAGCAGCACUGGGAUCAAAACCAAAGAACUUCACUGGAGGGAAACAAGUGAGAGCCAAAGGCUGAGGGCAUUGUGUGCACUGCCAGCCCUGUGAAAGCAGUUAGAGUGGGAGGAGACCGUACUGAUAUAAUAAUUUACAAAAAAAACAAACAAAAAAGACCAAAAAAAAAAAAAUCAACAAGAAAGGUGGAAAUGGCAGAGAAUUGGGAACUGUUGUCUUUACAAUAAAAAAAAAAACAAGAAAGAAACAGGAAAUAGUAUGACGCCCUGCAUAACGUUAUCUCUUUAGUUGGACUAACAUAGGCCUAACCAACGGAUAAAGCAACUGUAUUAACAUGAGCGCAUAAGAGACAUUGUGAUUGACAUUUUGGUUUAGAAUGAGAGGAAGUGACAAUGGACACCUCUCACAAGAGUUUGAGAUAUUCAGAUUGCAAGAUAAAGUAUCCUUAGCAGUAUUAAUACAGAGUAGACGAGUAUAUUGACACACUAAGAGUAUGCACUGUUAUUUUUCUAUCAAAAUGACAGUACGACUUGGUGAAGUUUUCAACUUUUUGCUUGUUCCACAGAUUGACUGGGCUGCGAAAGCCACUUAAAGCGGUUUCCCUGGUUUGUUUUAUAUUUUAGGCGUCUGAAAUCGAGACAACCCCUAUAAGUAAAUAUGGUGAAUGAGUCUUUGUAACAAGCCUGUGUGUGUGCCAACGCAAAAGAUAACGUCACCAUUCAUAUCUAAUGCUACACUCAUUUUUUUCCUCUUCUCAUUUCACUCUUUCACUCGAAUCACUUUCUCAUCACUCUCUCUCAUCUGACAUUUUUUUUAUAUGAUAAAAAAAAUACUUGUUGUCAAGAAAAACUUUUUUUUCUGUAGCCUUUUGAUAACAUCGACUGACUGCCACUUUCGCUCAGCAGAGGUUAAACACAACAGAGGGGUUUUCAUUUCUUUUUUUUUUUUUUUAAACCAGUAAAGUGGUAUCAUUCUCCCAUGCUGUACAGUAGACUGUAUCUACAUUCAUGCUUGUUGUCCUGUUAAAAAUAAUAAUCAAACGGAUGUCUCUAAAGGCAUUCUCCUUGACGAUCACAGCAAAAAUUGACGUCUUAAAAAAAA